CUGUCUGUCUGGGGCUUGGGGGGUGACGGUGAAGAUGGAGAGGAAGGGAGGGAGGGAGAGGGAUGAGAGAUGGAGAAGGCAGAGGAGAAGAAAGAGCAAGAGCAGGCAACGACUAUGGCUUCAACACCACGAGGCAACCUACGAAUAUACCUACUUAGCCAGCCACACACACCACGCAACCAACCAUGGAACCGACCAACCAACCAACCCUCUGGCACAACACGGCACGACACGACACGCCAGGCCAGCCUCAACGCCCAACAAAUGCACGCACACAGAACACCACAAAGCACGACAUCGAGCACGACACGCACAGCCACAGACACAGACAGACAGACAGACAACAGCAUCAUCAUCAUCGUCGAGCCGAAAAAGCAGCGCUUGAUUUUUCUUCUUUGGCGAUCGAUAUAGCGAGAACCAACACACCAGCCCGCGAGGAGGGGGAGGGGGCGCAGGGCUCGGUGGGGUAUACGAAGCAAAGCAAGCAAAGCAAGCAAAGCAAGCAAAGCAAGCAAAGCAAGCAAAGCAAGCAAAGCAAGCAAAGCCCAGCCCGGGUCCUCUCGCGCGCGCGCUGCUGUGUGCUCUCGCUCGCGCGGCCAGCCCAGCCCCGGCCGCCAAAACAAAUCGCAGCCGCCACCAGGAUGAACUGUGUAGAGAUACGACGAAGAAGAGAGAAGAAGAAAGAAGAAAGGCGAAGGCACUGUCGUGCGCAAAAAGGGGUUUAUGGACGACUUGUGUGCCCAUUAGAUGUGAGAGAGAAAGGUGGAGAAAGGUGGAGAGGUAGAGACAGAGAUAGAGACAGAGGAGAGCCCGUCACAACCGCGCAGAAAAGCCGGCAUAAUCUCGCCCAUGUCCUUUCUUUUCUUCUUUCUUCGUCUUCUCCCCUAAACCCUUUCCGUCCUUUGUGUGAGCCGCCGUUUUUUCUUUUUCCCAUUCAUCAACCGAGCGAGCUUCAUCAGCCGAUAAAAAAAAAGACAUAUUGGAACAAUCGAGAGAACACGCGAAUAGGCGAAAGGAAACCGGACUGCCUAAGCGACGCGAUAUAAAUGGGAAAGUAAAACACAAAAAUAACAACGCCAAUUUCCCGCCCUGGCGACUUCAGCUAUAGGAAAAGCUUACUAGCGCCUGUCUUUCCUGGUUUGAUCCGAUUAACGCCGAUUCGAGUUCGCCCAAAAGACAACU